GGAUUGUUGUCGAUCUUCUGCUCUGAAAAGUUUGGGUUAUCAGCAUUUUAGGAUGAAUUCUUUCUCAAAACGGUUGUCAAGUGAUCAAGCACAGUGGAGGGCUUAACUGUUGAAACCUACUCCUCUCGUUAAUGCUUAAGAAGUGACAGACCUAUUCUAUGUUCAAAGUAAUGCAUUGCUGCUCAGAAAAACUCUAAAGGACGCAAUCAAUAUGGGAGGACACCCUCACAUAAUUUCUGAGGUUGCAAAUUUCUUGUCUGCUGUUCCCCAUCCUCAUGGGGACUGGCGAGAGUUCCUGUGCGGGCUGAGCUCAGCUUUUGUCAACAUAACUAUUACCUACCCAAUCAACAAAAUUAUAUUUCGGCAGAUAAUUCAUGAUGUUGGUGUUUCCAGAGCAAUCCAACAGUUGUCACAUGAAGGCCUAUUCUUCUUGUACAGGGGGAUUCUGCCACCACUAUGUCAGAAGUCUUUGAGUCUGUCAUUGAUGUUUGGUGUUUAUGAGGAGUGUCGCAUUCCACUGUUAAAAGCCAAUGUGCCUUCGUACAUAGCAAAUCCAUCAGCUGCCAUAGUUGCUGGCACAUUUGAAGCUGUAUUAACUCCUUUUGAACGGGUUCAAACUUUACUUCAAGACCGAAACUAUCAUCAACAUUUUCAAAAUAUGAGGCAUGCAUUCAGACAACUCGGCGCGGAGUAUGGUUUCAAAGAAUAUUACCGAGGUCUCACUCCUAUCCUAUUAAGAAAUGGGCCUUCGAAUGCCUUUUUUUUCUACUUACGAGGUGAAGCUAAAGAUCGACUUCCAAGUUCAGGACAAUUGUUGGAAGAGCUCACCAAAGACUUUCUUAGUGGUGCUGUUAUAGGUGCAUUUUUAAGUUGUGUUUUUUAUCCAUGUAAUGUAUUAAAGUUUCAUAUGCAAAGCAGAUUAGGAGUGCCAUUUCAAAGUAUGUCUGAAGCCUUUAGAGAUAUAUACAAUGAACGUAAUCGCAGCAUUUUAAAAAUGUACCGGGGAGUUCACAUGAAUUGCACCCGGGCCUUUGUCAGCUGGGGUGUAAUUAAUGUAGCUUAUGAAUGGAGCAGGUCAGUGCUCUAUUAAGUCCUAAUGCUUUAUUUUUCUUGUGGCACUGUGUUUGUAAAAGCUAGUCAGUUGAGAUCCAGUUAUUUUUGUGAUAUAACUCAUGUUGCUUUACAUGUGAUAUAAUUGUUAUUUAAUUUUAAGAAGAGUAUUCUGCCUUUGCAAUGUCUGUCAUACAAACAUGGUAUGUGUCAAGAAAACAAGUAUUUCUUGAAUGUGCAUAAUAGUUUAAAUUUGUGCUAUGUGGUUAUAGAGCUUGUUUCAUGCGACCAACUUUUAAGUCUGACUUAGCUGUUCUUUUAGCCAGUCCAUUCAAUUCUACUUCUUGUUGUGCUGUCAUUGGCUAAAAGUGAAGACAAUAAUGUUUUUUAAUGGUCUCCCUGUCUUUUAUGACUAGGGGCUGCCUAUUUUAUGGUCGACUGCCAACAACACACAAAUCAAUAUUAUGCUUGUUCCUCUCUUUGUUUUAAUUUCAACUUGCUCUGGACUCGCUGCUGGCAGCACAAACAGUUUCCUUUCUACAAAUCAUUAUUGAGAGUUCAAAUGAAGACUUGUAUAAGGCCCUUUUUAGAGGUUUUUCAUUCAUUUUAUGUUAGUUAAUAUUUUUUUGGAAUGAUGUGAGACACUGCAAUUUAAUGAAGAUCUUGUGAUGAUUUUUUUCACUUAAGUUUGGGGUUUCAUAUCAGUUGCAUUCCAAUAUACCUAUGUACUUUGAGGUGUUCCACCAAAGCUCCUGUUCAUUAAAAAAAAAUACUACAAAAACAAA